UAUUGUUUGGUUAGGAGUUUACAAAUUGUACUACACUUGCUCCAGCCAAGUAAUAAAGUCAAUUAUUGUCAAUUAAAGUGUUUCUUUAGACUGUGGAGUUGUAAACACAACAAGCACAAGCAUGACACUUAUAUUGCUGUCCCCGUUAGAGAUGGUUAGUAUUUCUAUUUACAUGUCUUAUUGAAUAGAUCUUUAAUACUUGUAGGAAGCUUGAGUCUAAGAAUCAUUUUGGUGGAGUGAUCUGGUAAAUUUUAAUACAACAACUUUGGUAGGUUUUAUAUCAGGAAUUAAUAAUGGCAUUACGGAGAAACUUUUCGCUACUAUAGAAAGUGAAUUGGGACAGUGCUGGUUUAAGUGAAACUUUGACUUUGUGAUUUCUCAAAACAUGUAUUCCAGGGCCCUUCUCCUUCAUAUACAGCCGUGUCAUUCUGAGAUGAAUGCUGAUUUUGCACCCUCAUGCAUAAAAUUCAUGUCAUGGUUGCACACAUGAACUGCGACGAGAUUGGGGACAAAGUUCAAGUACGAUGUGCCGCCAAGACUUCAGUGUGCAACAAACCUGCGGUCAGACAGAGUAAUUAGGCGGUGGAUUCACCACCACCGAGUCAUCCUUUUGUUCACCAUCUUCUCCCAAUAGUACAUUUGAACUUGAAUCCCAAUAUGAAGAAGCCCAUUUUUCUUUCCAUUGCUUCUACACGUGUCUGAUUAACUAUUAUUAACUACUAUACUCAUAUAUGUUAACUCCCUAUAACCCAAAUCUUCCACCAACAUAAACAUUAAACGAAUGAAUCCUAAAUAAUAGAGAGAGGGAACAUUUCUCGCUGUACAUAGGUUCAGUGUUAUCCUUAAUUCAUUCAUUCUACACAAUGUUGUCGUUUUCAACCAAACAGCUUCGGAGGUACUAUGCUUCUUCUCUCCCUCUUUUUCAACUUCCAAACCCUAAUUUCAUUUCUUCUUCAACAAUGUUAUGCCACCAACAAGAAAAUCAUGAUAAUCUUGUUUCUUCAUUCAAUCACUUACAAGUACUCUCAAUUACUUAGAGUGAGGAAAAAGAUCAUGAGGGAGAAGUGGAAAAUGAGAGAAAUGGUGAGCUUGAGGAAGAAGUCGAAAAUGAGAGUGAGGAAAAAAAAGAGAAAAGUAAGAAAGAAAGACUUAUUGAUCCCGAUUCAAUGUUAAGGAAGAUAAAAAGUCAACUUUUGAAAGAGGGACCUCAAAAAAUUUCUUAUUAUGUGAAGUUACCUUAUCCACACAUAGGGAAGAACAAAAGUAGUGUCUAGUGAGCGUGAGAAGAAGGUGGUAGAAGGGAAGAGUGAAAAUGAAAAAGUAGAAAAAAGUGAGAAAGAAAAAGAAAAAGAGGGAGGAGUUGAAAAUGAGAGAAAGGUGGAAGAGAAGAAAAAAGAUGAUAUGCAAGGUUUGUUGAUAAUGACUCAAAUUUGAAGAAAAUUAAGAGUAAAAUUUUGAAAGAUGGAGAAAAUUCUCAAGUAGUUCUACCUCAUGAGAAGCUACCCUACCCUCACAAAAAGAAGAGUAAGAGAAAAGAUAUCAACUUUAAGAAGUUCAUGGAGAUGUUUAAUAGCCUUCAAGUCACAAUUCCGUUUAUGGAAGCUUUGGAGCAAAUGCCUAUGUAUGCCAAGUUCAUGAAGGAGUUGUUGACUAAGAAGAGGAAGCCUAAAGAGGAUGAAACCGUGUUGUUGAUGGAAGAGUGUAGUUCAACUCUUCAAAGAAAACUCCCACGAAAGAAGGAAGAUAUCAGUAGUUUCACUAUACCUUGUUUUGUUGGGAAUUUACAUGUUGGCAGAGCAUUUUGUGACUUAGGAGCAAGCAUCAACUUGAUGCCCCGCUCUAUGAUGAAAAAGAUACCCGGUAUCGUAGCUAAACCCACGAAAAUGCAGUUAUCUCUUGCGGAUCGGUCCAUCACGUACCCCUAUGGAAUCUUACAAGAUGUUUUGGUAAGAGUGGCCGAAUUUGUCUUUCUAGUGGAUUUUGUAAUUCUAGAUAUGGAAGAAAACUACGAAGUGCCUCUAUUAUUGGGAAGACCCUUUCUAGCAACCAUUAGAGCUCUAAUUGAUGUGGAGAUGGGUGAUUUAAUGUUGAGGCUCAAUGAUGAGCAAGUUAACUUCAAUAUCUUUGAAGGUAUAAGAAAUCAAGAUGCGGCUCCACAAUGCUUUAAAGUGGAUGUCAUUGAAGAUGAGAUCGAGAACUCAAAGAAAGAAGCAAGAAAGUCAAUUUCUCUGGAUUUGAAAGCACUCCCUCCUAAUUGGAAAUAUGUAUUUUUGGGAGAUGUUUGUAAGCAACUUGUGAUCAUUAGUAGCUUGCUCACUCCUUUGGAAGAAGAGAAAAUUUUGAAAUAUUUGAAAAAGGAUGAUGGUGUCAUGAGUUGGGAUUUGAAUGGUGUAAUUCCCGCCUUUUGCUUGCACAAGAUGAAGAAUGAAGAGGAUUCCAAUUCGGUGGUCCCACCUCAAGAGCUCCCGACUACAACAUUGGAAGACUUGGUGAAGAAAGAAGUGAUGAAGAUAUUUGAAAUUGGUUUGAUGAGUAUUAUUUUCGAUAGCUUUCAGGUAAAUUCGGUUCAUGUAGGUCCAAAAAGGGAAGUUAGUAUGGAAGAAUCCAAGGAAGCUCCUAAAAGGCUAAAGAAGAAGAAAAGAAAAAAAUGGAAGCACAAGUGGAUAAAGUUUGUCAGUCAUCCGGUCAUCGAAAAAUUGUUGCUUUGUGAUCGCAAUGUGACCCCAUUGAAGAAGGAGGAAAAGAGGAGACGGGGGAAAUCAAAUUUGGAGUAUCCUACCUAACUUGUUUAAUAGAGCAAUUGUUUGAUACUCAGGUGCUGAGCCAGAAGAGUAGAAAAUCUAUAUGUCUAGUAGUUGUUCUGUUUCAUCAAUGUCAAAUAUUGUUUGGUUUUUAGAAUAAACUUUCACUAUGGUCUAUGUUUUGGAAUAAUGUACUCUUGUAGAUUCUGUCAUGUCCCACUAACUUCUUUUUUUUUUGACACAGUCCCAAUAACUAUUGAGAAACUUAACUAAACAACU